UAUGAUUCGGUACAUUGCGUUAUUCGUGACAGUUUUUAAUCUUCUAGAAAUUGGCCAAUGCCUUCCGACAGUCUCAAAUAAAUCUUUGGAUAAAAUUUGGCAGAUUCCACAAAAAGAUGGAAGUUUUCGUUGGAUGACACUGGAUGAAGCUGUCAAAGAAGCUUCAGCUUAUGAGUCUCAAGAAUCAAGUACAAAAAAGUUCAAUAAAGUUCGAUUUUUCCUUUACACUCCUGAUAACUCAACUAAAGCCAUUGAAAUCGACAAGGACGAUCCAGAGACUUUAGCUCGGUCAACUUUCAAUUAUAAAAACCCCACGAGAUUUUACAUUCAUGGCUGGAAUGGUGGUUACAACUUAUCAGACGCACGGCUGAUCCGAGAAGCUCUUCUCCUGCAAGGUUCCGAUAGACAGUUUAAUUUUAUAGCUGUCGAUUGGUCGGUUUAUGGUGAAUCCAUAACAUAUAUUACGUCACAAACGAGUGUUUCCAAAGCUGGUAAAAUUGUUGCAGAGUUUAUAGAUUGGAUGCAUGAUAGUGCAAAAUUAUCCUUUGAUACUCUUGCUUUAUACGGUCAUAGUUUGGGUGCGCAUGUUGUAGGCUUUACGGGGAAAAAUGUUAAACAUGGAAGAGUUCAUACAAUAAUUGGACUAGAUCCAGCAAUGCCUUUAUUCAACUACAACAAACCAAAUAGCCGUUUAGCGGAAACUGAUGGCGAUUAUGUGGAAACUAUUCAUACAAAUGGUGGAAUGUUGGGAUUCUAUCAACCCAUUGGAAGGGCUUCUUUUUAUCCAAAUGGUGGAAAGAAUCAACCAGGAUGUGGACUUGAUAUGAGUUGUUCACAUGGACGAUCUGUAGAGUAUUUAGCGGAAGCAUUAGCUUUGUCGAAGGAUAAUGGAUUCAAUGCUUUGAAAUGUAAAGAUUUUGAAGAUGUUCAGAAUGCUUCGUGUACAAUAAGUAAGGAAGAUGUUCGUUUGGGUCAACCAAGUAAUGCACAAUAUGCAAAAGGGUAUUAUUAUCUCAAGACAAAUAGUCAGUCCCCAUACGGAGUUAAGAGUUAA